CUCGAUAGUCAUGAGGGCCACAUCAUCGCAAUCGAGCAAAGGAUACAAGACUUGUCAAAACACAACAAAGGCCGAACGGAGGGCAUAGAUUACGUCUCUAUCCAUGUACCAAAGACUACGGACUGGAUCAGGGAGGCAGUGCUCUAAACGAGUACUUAGAGAACCAACACUCUAUGGCCUACAAAGAUGAACGGCUCAUAAGGCUGCAAAAAGAGCUGGACGAAAUCACAUCUACGAAUUCCCAAUUCCGAACCGAGAACACUACACAGAAGGACAUGAUAGCUAACUUGGAGCUAUCAAACACGCGCAUAAAGCAAGAGAAGAGCUCGCUCGAGGAAGACAUCCAACAGGCCUCAAAUGUCAUUAAAAACAUGCAGGGGUACCGAGAGCAAAGCGAUCGGCAGCAAAAGUCACCGCGAAAACGCAUUAACGCUACUGUGGAUACUCUAGAGGAUACCGAGAAACAGCUUGCUACGAAGACCAGUGACCUUCAAGCAGCCCUGAACACCAUAGAGAAAUGCAACAAAGAUCUUGUUGACACCGAGAACAAGUAUUCAUCACUAAAACAGUCCUCUAACACCAAGAUCCGAGAGAUGGAGGCCGAAUUGGAACAACACCAGAAGACUGUUAUUCAAAAAGACAUAGCAGCUUCGAAUCUUGGAUUUUCAUCCGACAGCGAGAUUGCCAGGCUAAAAAACACUGUCCAAUCGCACCAGGAAACCGUUGCUAAGAAAGAGGCAACACUAUUAUCGUUGAACAAAGAAAUUUCGGAGAUGAAGGCCAUGAUCGCCAAGCAUGAGGGCAUGCUCACCCAGCAGGAGGGCACAAUCGCUGAGAAGGAGGAACUACUCGCCGAGAAGGAGGGCAUCAUCGCCAAGCAGGAGGGCAUGAUCACCGAGCAGGAGGAUAUGAUCGCCGAGAAGGAGAAAUCAAUCGCUAAGAAGGAGAAAUCAAUCGCCAAGAAGGAGAAAUCAAUCGCCAAGAAGGAUAACACCAUUGCUAGAAUGGAGAACACCCUUACUGAGAAGGGGGAAAUAAUUGCUGAAAUGGAGAACACGAUCACUCAGAAAGACGGUAUCAUCACUGAAAAGGACGCAACUAUUGCCAAGAAAGAGGAUACUAUCCUCGAGAAGGAUGCAGCAAUGGCUGAGAAAGAGAACACCAUCGCUGAGAAAGACGCAACCAUUGCCGAGAAGGUGGAAGCUCUUUAGCUCAGGAACUGACGUCUAAGAACAAGAUCUCAGAAC